ACGAAGGAGAGAGUCCGAGUCAUAAACAUUCUCCCUCUUAAGAUCUCUGAGGGCGCGUCCGCCUUUCAAGCUCUCAGUCCACCAUCGCCGGAAAAUCCACUCCUUAAAUCUGCAGAAUUCUGAUACAGCAGUCUGAGGAGCUCAGCUCGAGAUAUGAUGAUAGCUGCGGUCGCACUGGUUGUGGUUAUUCUUCUGGUAGCUUUCAUCUUGAUCCCACGGGGCCCAAAAUAUGGGCAUACAAAAAAAGUUGAUUCAAAUGUUACAUAUGAUAAGCCAGCCAGAAUGUAUACUAAAGCUGAAGUCUCUUUGCAUAAUAAGAGAACAGAUUGUUGGGUAAUUAUCAAAGACAAGGUAUAUGAUGUUACCUCAUAUGUAGAGGAGCACCCAGGUGGUGAUGCCAUCUUAGAUCAUGCUGGGGAUGACUCAACUGAAGGGUUUUUCGGGCCGCAGCAUGCUACCCGAGUGUUUGACAUGAUUAACGACUUUUAUAUCGGUGAUCUGAAGCUGUGACCAUUUAGAGUGUAAUUUUAUAUAAUCAGUGAGAUAAUGUACUUUGAGAUCUAUUCUUCCAUUUGAAUUUUGUCUUAAUUGCAGUAUUUUUUCUGUAUACACACAUUUUCCAGUUGGGUUCAGUAUUGCAUUUAUCACC